GCGAAAGAAACUUGAGUGUUAAAAUAAAUCGAAUGGAAAUGUGACGAGCGAAGAGCUGAGUAGGGGCAGAGAGAGGAAAUGGAAUCGGCGGGGGAGUGGCUGGAGAAGGCGCUGGUGGAAUUGUGCUCAAAGAUCGAAACAGGUUUGGGGUUAGGAUUGGAUCAAGAAAUCAUUAAAGGCCUUGUUUCUUACUGCGACCUUGCUCACCCACGAGAUGCUAAAGAGUACCUUGACAAUAUAAUUGGGGAGGAAACAGGGAAAACUGUGAUUGAAGAGUAUUUACGACGGAGGGGUCACUCAGAAUUGAGUACCAACUCAGAUGUUCCAACCACCAAAUUACAUGCCUAUGUCAAACCACCUUCUGUUGAGACAUCUGCAAGUGGAAGUAAGAAAUCGUCAAGAGCACCAAAAGCAGCGACGGGCCGAAGUUAUCCAGCCGAACCCAACAAGAAUGUGAUUAGCAGUAAUCAGGAAAAUCAGACUCCUGCUCCAGGUAGUGAAUCAAGAACAUCACAGAAGGGAAACCAAGCGAAUUCCAAAAAGAAGAAAGCUGGGAAAGCUGUUUCACUUGCUGAGGCUGCUAAAGGGUCUAUUGUUUUCCAGCAGGGAAGACCGUGCUCUUGUCAAGCACGUCGUCACAGGCUGAUCAGUAAUUGCUUAUCUUGUGGCAAAAUAGUUUGUGAACAAGAGGGAGAGGGACCUUGCAAUUUUUGUGGUGCACUUGUGUUGAGAGAGGGAAGCUCAUAUGCUGGUCUGGAAGAAAGUUUGCCUCCCUUGUCAGAUGCCGAGGCUGCUGCUGAAGCUUAUGCAAAGAGGCUUGUUGAAUAUGACCGGAACUCUUCAGCUCGUACAACAGUCAUUGAUGACCAAAGUGACUAUUAUGAGAUUGAUGGAAACAGUUGGUUGUCAAAGGAGGAAAAAGAACUGUUAAAGAAGAAACAAGAGGAGAUGGAAGAAGCUGAGCGAGCCAAACGGAAUAGAGUUGUUGUGACUUUUGAUCUAGUUGGCCGCAAGGUCCUUCUGAAUGAAGAUGAAGUUUCAGAAUUACAAUCUGACAACAGAAUAUUACGACCACCAGAUGAAAGGGAAGUGAACCGUAUUAAACCAAAUCCAACUCUUAAGAUUCAGCCGGUUUUUGUGGACCUGGGAUUCAGUAGGAAGUCUGCUAAAGAUAAGCAAUCACAUAAAGGCGUAAGCAAGGGCUUGUGCUUGGAGAUUACUGGGAGGGUGCAGCAUGAUAGCAAUGACCUGAAGAAUUAUAUGAUGGAAAACCAAUUGGCAACAGCUUCAAAUGAGAAUUUUUGGCAAGUAACUUCAGGAAACUGAUGACGGCAGCGAAUGUUUACUGAACGAUGAUCAUGAGUAGAGUGCCUUCUCCAGCUUUUCUGUUGACUAGCGCUUUUAAGACUUGAAAUUAACAGUGUAUUUGGUUCAAUGCUCCGAAUUCUUUUUCCUCAGAAAGAAGGUAAAACAAAGUUCAGAAUGGUAGGCAGCGGCAUUAUUACUUUUUCCAUGCAAUAUGCAGAUAUUAUCUAUCGUAUUUUCUGAUGUGUGCCUUGGACACGCAAUAAUAACUCGUGUAUAGUAUCUUUUUAAUUGAAAGUCAUCUAAUUAUUAAAU